UUCAAACUGAUGUGUGACACAUAUUAAUGGCAAAAUAACAUGAAAAACAGGCAACCUCCCCCCAAAAUAAUUGGCCUAAAUGUGGGGCCCCGCCCCAUCUGGCCUGAAUGACGGGUCACCACUAUGAGUAGCUAUGGGUGACUUUUGCUAGGUGGGAAGGAAGGGAGCACGCCACGGCUGACUGAGUGAAUCAUGCAGCUCUGGCGCUGGCCAUGCUGAUGGCUUGGGGCAGAGGAGGCAUUAGUAUUCUGAGUCUGACUAUAGACUCCAGAAUUAGCAUGAGGCUUCAUAGUAGCAUUGGGCUGCUUAUCUGUUCUAGUAUCAUCAUAACCCAUUUAAUGCUCUCCUUUCCUCCUGUUUCAGAUGUUUCCUUCAGAGCAUGGAGACUCUUUCAGUAAUAACAUCAACUGCUGAGCUGAGAUAAUGAACAGGACAUCCAGCCUAUCAGGGGACACCCUGAUCGCGUGUCACUUCCCCCUGGUGCAGCUCCCCCCCUGGCAGCUUCCUGUGCAGGCUGCUCUGUGCAGCAGCUCUUCCAAGCGGCCUGGUCGACUGUGCUCCAGCUCCGUGGGUCUGACCCGCGCUGCCUCCCUCCCCGAGCAAGGCAACCUCCACAGAGAGCCCUUCCACAACCGCCUUAGACAUAUCUCCUCCAGCUACUGGAGCCUCAACGAGGACUGGGGCGAGGGGGACGGGGAGGGGGGCAGUGACAGCAGUGGGAAGUGUGACUCUGGAUCAUCAUCAGAGGAGGCGUCACAGAUGACAAUCUCUCAAAGACAUAAACAACACCCUGUAGUUAGAGGUACUUUACGGCUACACAACUCCUUUCUCCCUAAUGAAGGGGUGGAUGAAGAUGAGGAGGAAGAAGAUAGUGAUGGAGAUAACCUGCACAGAUACCAUGAGGACUCCUCUUUUGUGCUGCAGUUGCAUGGAAACUCUAACUGGGCCCUGAGUAAUGCUGGGAGGCAGACCUCCAAACCUUCUAGCCAAUCAGCCAGUCAGAACCAUGACAACAGGUGUAAAACUGUGUUGAAGGACUGUGGGGAGCAGGAGAGACUGGAGGAUGUUGAAGAUAAUAUGCUAAAAUGUGGUGAUGAGAGCUACUGCUUCAGCUAUGGCCAAACAAAAUGUUUCCCUGAGUCUUUCUCUGAUGGUCUUCUAGAGUACGUCACAGACUCCUCCUGCAACAGCUCAGAUGGGGUUCUCGUCAACUUUAGUGCGAUCUACAACAAGAGCAACAACCCUGCCACCCCAAACGACCUCAGCAUUCCUGCAAUGCAGUCAUCCCAGCCAGCAGAAGGCACUAUCGUCCUAAACCUGCAACCUUUCCCCCAGGAGCCCCAGGGUCCUCAAGCUGCUGGCCCCAGUCAGGAGGGCAGAACAACCUCCUUUCCUCUUGACGGGGGGCCUUCUGUCCCCUGCUGGUCACCACAGGCGCUGGACUCCAACUGUAAUGUCUACCUUCCCGACGCCCACGGCCUCCUGUCCUCUCUGGAGGUCUCUGACCUCACUUCCUGUCUCCAGAGCCAGGCCAGGCUGCUGCCCACAGGGACCACCCAGAAGUACUACAAGCUGGUGACCUGUGACUUGUCAUCCCAAUCAGCCUCGCCCAGCCCAGCCUGGUCCAGCACCACCAGCGUCACCUCAGAGGGCCACUACUUCCUCUUCAGUAAGGCCCGGGGAGAGCAGAGCCAGGAGGAGAAACAGCAGGAAGAAGGCUUAGACAAAGAAGGGAGGAGAGCUACCCCAUUGCACCAUCCUCGCUGUUUGAGCUGGGACUCCCAGCAUGUCACCUCCUUUGCUGAGAUUGCCUACUGUAAGAGACAUACAGACAGCUGCCAGAGCUCCAGCCACUCCCACACCUCCCAGGAUCUGUGUCCCAUUCAAGAGGCAGUUUCCCUGGGCCAGAGUAGCAGCCACUCCCCCCUACUCCUGAGUCCCAACCAAGGCAGUAUCACUGUGUCCAACCACCCUUCUGUGUCACCGAACCAUGAGACGGAGGAGGAGGGGGCAUGUUCAUGGGCCACUCCUGUGGUUCGCUACAGUAAGGCUCAGAGGCCCACCUCCCUGCCCAUCCAGCCCUUCAUCCUGCUUCCCCCAGCGGGUAAACCUCAGAGCCAGCCCCUGGGCUCCCUGCUGGACCAGUACAUCAGCCACAAGAACACCAAGCCCAGCUUCAGCUCCCAGCCAGGGUCCAAGUGCAUAGGCAAAGGCAACAGACUCCUGACCCACCUGCAUCCCUCACCGCUAGGCAGCUAUGGAGCCAUCCUCCUGGAAGGCCCCUCCAGCUCUGAUACCUGCUCCACCUGCACCCCCAGUCCAGAACGCUUCCAGUCCAGACUCAACUGGACACACUCCAGUCCAUACAGGCCCCACACUAACCUUGGUCUCACUUCGGCCAGUCCAAAACAAGCACAAACAAGCACCAAACUAACCCAGGCUUAUUCAUGCCAGGACCAGCUCUAUGAAGACCUAGACCAAAUCUACCCCAGCCCAGCUCAGGCCCACAGUAGCCCAAACCAGUCUCAUUGUAAAGAUUCAAUCAAACGGAGCCAAGGCAUGGCUCAGAUCUGCCAAGAUCUCAUUCGCCUGUCCCCAGAGCAGAAGAGCCUCAACCCAGUCCUCCUGACCCACAGCCCUCACUGCCCCAUCUCCCAUGUAGCAACCAUGUCACCCUCUGACAGUCACAUCCAUCAUCCAGACUUGCUGGUGUCCUUCUCCCCAGACCCACCCUUACUUCCCCAUAAGACAAUCCCACUAUCCUCAGUCCCUAUGACUGGGUCUGCAGCCUCUCAUCGUAGCCUGACUGCUGCUCUCUCGUCAGUGGCCCCUCUGUCCUCUCUGAGCGCCCUUCUGCAGCCCCUGGUGUCUGCAGGGCCCAGUGUAAAGCAGCAUCAACAACAGCACUGUGACUCCUUCAGCCUGAGUGACAGUAGGCCACCUGUGGAGUUCUGCCUGUCACCUGAAGCCUCCUACGAGUCUCUGUCCAUCAGCCACCUGCAGAGGAGAGGUCUGCUGAAAUCUGUGAGCUUGGCAGUGGAUUUGAUCAUGGCUCAUUUUGGCACCAGUCGAGAUCCUGUGGAAAAGAUCCGGCUAGGGAACAGCUCGAGGAGUCCCACCAUUGGUGGUAUAGUCCUGGAGCAUCUGUGUCCCACCAUCCAGAACAUUCUGCAGGAUGGCCUUAGGGACCACAAACUUGACCUGAUCAUCGGUCAUCGACGCAACCACGCCUGGAAUGUGGUGGAGGCCUCCACUCAGACAGGCCCUACCACCCAGGUGCUACACAGCCUGUUGUCCAAGGUGAGGCAGUGCUCCCUGCUGACCAGCCACUGUAUGAGACUACGAGCCUUCAUCAUGGGCCUGCUCAACUUGAGAGCCUUGGAAUUCUGGCUAAAUCACCUCUACAACCAAAAAGACAUGGUGACAGAUCACUACCAUCUAUGGGGUUUCCUCGCCAUGUCGCAGGGGCAGUGUCAGCCUCUGUUCCAGGAGCUCCUUCUCCUGCUGCAGCCUCUUUCCAUGUUACCCUUUGACCUCAACCUGCUGCUGGAGCCCCGCCUGCUGCAAAAUAGACAGCUCUGCUCUGAGGAACAAGCUCCACCAUGCUCCACCUUUCUCAUGACCAGUUGGCCCCUACUGAGAGGAGACAGACAGGGGGCAUAUGGUUCUAUGGAUGGUCCCAGAGAUAACAGCAGGCCACCAGGUGACCCACACCAGCUGGUACAGCAUCUUCAGGGGUCCACCCAGGGGUCAAAGGUCAUGGGUCAUGAGAAGUGGGUGAGGCAUUUAGGCAAGUCUAGCAGAAGUCUGUGGUCAGUCACCAGUCCAGGGUGGUGGCAGAGACGGCCUGCCCACGCAGAGGGGGGGGUGGAAUAUGGACAGAUUUACAUGGAUGUCAUCCACACUGAGCCUCAGCAGGGGAUGGAGGGGCGAAGAGAAGGUGAGAGUUCACAGGAGGGCAGGAGGGAGGGAACUGGGCCGGAGACCCCCAGGAUGCCGGCAGACCCCCAGGAUGAGAGCCUCUCCCAGGGUGGGCUACGCUGGGCCAAGCUGUUUGGAUCAGGAGGGAAUCCCCCCACCAGGACACAGAGGGCACCUCAAAAUCUCAAUGGGACACAGGCCCAGAAAAGGAGACCUUCACAGUGGCUGCAGUUGGACAGGUCUCAGCUGGGCCUAUUGGCUCAUACAGUGUGGUCAGGGAAACUCCCAGCUCCACAGCCUGACCAGAAACACCAGACAUAGACAUUGUGCCCCUAUGACCACACUCACCCAACCCUCUGCUGAGUGGAGAGGGAUAGGGAGGAGAAGAAAAGAUACACCACCAAAAAUGUCAACCGCAUGAUCCUGAGUCAGUGUUAUAGUGCACAGUGUUACACACAGACACCUCAGCUAGAACAUACUCACACUGGUCAGAAAAGCACAGUAGACCAGUUGAUACAACUAUCGGAGCAUGGGUGAUACUUUUUGCUAUGUUAUUAUUAGGCAAUAACAACCCCCCCCCCCCCCAUGUAUUAUUAUAUUUACAAGUGCUUCUUUUCAUCUGUCAUGAAUUGGGAUUUAUGCAAUAUAUUCUCCCUGUGAACCUGUCAAUCAAACUGUGUGGUCAGAGAGGCUCCUCCCAUGUUAGGGUCUUGCCUUGAUCUGAAAGCCUUGUACAACAUCCCAGACUCUGCAGAAGAAACCAAUUAGUAUGUCAUGGAGCUGCAUGCAUACCAUACAGUAGCAUCCUAUUCUCCUAAUACUGUCAAUCUGAUCCUCUACUUUCCAACCCCUACCCCGUGACUAUCCUAUGUGCGAAUGGAAUGACAACAAAAAAUGCAGAAAGGCAAUCUUUACUAGCCAUGUUUACUAGUGCCACAUAUUAUGCCAGCCAGCAGCCUUGUGCAGUGGCUUAUCUUCCAAAAGGGGGUUGCCUUCACAUUCAACUAGACAAACAUGAGGUCUGACUCUAGCAUGGUUUAAAACAAACAUUCAAGGAGUCAUUAGGUGCUAAUUUAGGCCUACUACUGUGUGUGGUUGUACUAUACUACCUACAACAAUAUCUUAUCAUACUGUUUUUUUUUAUGAGUUUUGUAAAUAUUUAGGGAAGAGAAGUCUAGAUUUGUGGAACUGUUAGGUUCCAAAUGGAGUGUGUUGUUUGCACAAUAUAAAGCUAUCAUGUUGUGUUUCAGGUGUACACCAUUUUGAUAGGCCAGUACUACUAAGCUAAAGAGAAAGGCAAAGUCUGGAUUUACGUGACAUGAAUGACUUGGUUAUUAUAGCCUUUGCAAUAAAUGUGAAAGUGAGUUUAUCAUAUUUCCUCCCCAACCUAACUGUCCUUCCCCUAAAACCUUAGAAGAAGGGUCUGCGCUGGGGUGGCAGGUAGCCUAGUGGUUAGAGCGUUGGGCCAGUAAUCGAAAGGUUCCUGGUUUGAAUCCCCGAGCUGACAAGGUAAAAAUGUGUCAUUCUGCCCCUGAACAAGGCCACUGUUCCCCCGGUAGGCCGUCAAUGUAAAUAAGAAUUUGUUCUUAACUGACUUGCCUAGUUGAAUAAAGGUUACACAGAAUGCACCCUCUCUGAGUGUAAGUUCCCAGUGACAAUCAACCAUUCUGAAUAAAAAGGUAUUGAUUUC